CAGCAUGGAAGCCGCGUGCAAGUGGCGGAGCUUGCCCAGCGCUCCGAGCCUCAAGCACCUCACGGCGCAGGACUACAGUUGGCCCAGGGAGCAGCAGCUGCCGGCCCUGCAGGACUUGACGCGGGCGCACAUCGAGUCUUUCAAUUUUGCCGUGGGCGAUGGGCUGCUGCUUGCUGUGCAGGCCAUUCCUCCUUUGGAGUUUGCAUUGAAGAAUGACCGGAUCACUUUGACCAUUUCAGGGGCUGUCAUCAACCCUCCCAUGGUCCCAAAAGGCAGUAUAUGCAAAGAGCUGAAAGUUUACCCGGCAGAAUGCCGGGGACGCAGAUGCACCUACCGUGGGAAACUUACUGCUGAUAUCAGCUGGUCAGUGAAUGGCAUCCCUAAAGGGGUAAUUAAACAGUCCCUCGGACAUGUUCCAAUUAUGGUGAAGUCCAAACUUUGUAAUCUUCACGGUCUUUCUCCCAAGGAACUGAUCAAACACCAUGAAGAGGAAGAGGAAAUGGGAGGCUAUUUCAUAAUUAAUGGAAUAGAAAAAGUGAUCAGGAUGGUGAUUAUGCCGAGGCGUAACUUUCCACUUGCACUGAUCAAACCAAAAUGGAAAUCUAGAGGCCCGGGCUACACACAAUAUGGCAUCUCGAUGCACUGUGUUAGAGAUGAGCAUACAGCUGUUAACAUGACUCUGCAUUACCUGGAAAAUGGCACAGUGAUGGUGAACUUCAUCCAUCAGAAAGAGCUGUUCUUUCUCCCACUGGGAUUUGUACUGAAGGCAUUGGUUAACUUCUCAGACUUCCAGAUUUUCCAGGAGUUGACUAAAGGGAAAGAAGAUGAUACUUUCUAUAAGAACUGCGUGUCUCAGAUGUUGAGGCUGGUGGUAGAGGAAGGCUACAUGGCCCAGAAACAGGUCCUGAUCUUCCUGGGGCGCUGCUUCAGGGUGAAGCUGAACCUUCCUGAUUGGUAUCCCAGUGAAAAAGCUGGAGACUUCCUGCUUGACCAGUGCAUAUGCAUACAUCUGAAAACCAAAGUGGAGAAGUUCUACCUACUUUGUCUCAUGACCCAAAAGCUAUUUACUUUAGCCAAAGAGGGCUGCAUGGAGGAGAGUCCUGACAACUUAAUGAACCAAGAGGUGCUCACAUCUGGCCAACUCUACCUCAUGUUUUUAAAGGAAAAGAUGGAAAGUUGGCUGCAGUCUAUUAAAAUCGCCUUGGACAAGAAAAUUCAGAAAUCGCAUAUCACAAUUAAUUCAGAAAGCAUGCUGAAGUUUCUUGGCAUGGGAACAGAUCUUACCAGGGUGUUUGAAUAUCUCCUUGCUACUGGUAACCUGCGCUCUAAAACAGGUCUGGGCAUGCUGCAAGGUUCUGGACUGUGUGUGAUAGCAGACAAGCUGAACUUCAUUCGCUACCUUUCCCAUUUCCGCUGCGUGCACAGAGGGGCAGCUUUUCUCAAGAUGAGAACCACAACAGUGCGCAAGCUCCUGCCGGAGUCCUGGGGCUUCCUUUGUCCUGUUCACACACCGGAUGGUGAGCCCUGUGGCUUGAUGAACCACAUGGCGGCCGCAUGUGAAAUUGUAACAAAGGCUUUGCCGACAACCUCCCUUCCACCCUUGCUUUGCUCUUUAGGUGUCACUCCGGUUGAUGCUGUGCCCAGCCAGCCCUAUUCUGAAUGUUACCCAGUGAUGUUAGAUGGCUCACCAGUGGGCUGGAUAGAGAGGCAGCUUGCUCCUGGUCUUGUGGAGACCCUCAGGCACUUUAAGACAAUGCAAGAAAAUAAAAUCCCUGUUUGGACGGAGGUGGUCCUGAUUCCAAUGACAGGCAAACCCAGCCUGUACCCAGGGCUCUUCAUUUUCACUACCCCCUGUAGGAUGAUGCGCCCAGUACAAAAUUUGGCCCUAGGAAAAGAAGAAUGGAUUGGCACCAUGGAACAGGUCUUCAUGAACAUUGCUAUAUCCAAGGAUGAAAUUGAGCCUGGGCUGACCACUCACCAGGAGCUCUUUCCCCACAGCAUAUUAAGUGUGGUGGCAAGUUUCAUUCCCUUUUCUGAUCACAACCAGAGUCCCAGAAACAUGUACCAGUGCCAGAUGGGCAAGCAAACAAUGGGUUUUCCACUUCUGACUUUUCCAUAUCGGUCAGAUGACAAACUCUACCGGCUGCAAACCCCUCAAAGUCCUUUGGUACGGCCAUCCAUGUAUGACUAUUACAACAUGGACUCUUAUCCGACUGGUACAAAUGCAGUCGUUGCUGUGAUCUCCUAUAGCGGCUAUGACAUGGAAGAUGCAAUGAUCUUGAACAAGUCUUCCUGGGAGAGAGGAUUUGGACAUGGAAGCAUCUACAAGACUGAACGUAUUGACCUUGCAGAAAAAAUCAAGAAAGGGCAGGACAAUUUGGUGUUUGGGGUUGGUCGUGAUAGCUCAGUUUCGUUGCAAACUUUGGAUGCUGACGGCCUGCCCUACAUUGGAGCCAAACUCGAGUAUGGUGACCCUUAUUAUAGCUAUCUGAAUCUCAACACUGGAGAAAGCUUUGUGACCUACCACAAGAAUAAAGAAAUCUGUAUUGUGGAUAAUAUCAAAAUAUGUAGUAACGACACUGGAACUGGAAAUUUCAAAUGCGUGUGCAUCACUCUGCGGAUCCCCCGAAAUCCAACAAUUGGGGACAAGUUUGCCAGCCGCCAUGGCCAGAAGGGCAUCUUGAGCCGGCUGUGGCCAGCUGAGGACAUGCCAUUCACUGAGAGCGGGAUGGUGCCUGACAUCCUCUUCAAUCCUCAUGGCUUCCCAUCCCGAAUGACCAUUGGCAUGUUAAUUGAGAGCAUGGCAGGGAAAUCUGCAGCGAUGCACGGACUCUGCCACGAUGCCACCCCUUUCACGUUUUCUGAGGAGAACUCUGCUGUGGAAUACUUUGGCAAGCUGCUGAAAGCUGCGGGCUACAAUUAUUACGGGACAGAGCGAAUGUACAGCGGUGUUUCGGGCGUGGAGCUUGAAGCAGACAUUUUCAUUGGCUUGGUGUAUUACCAGCGACUUAGGCACAUGGUCUCCGACAAGUUCCAGGUGAGGACUACAGGGGCCAGAGACAAAGUCACCAACCAGCCCGUCGGUGGGAGGAAUGUUCAGGGUGGCAUCCGCUUUGGUGAGAUGGAGCGGGACGCCUUGCUGGCUCACGGGACGUCCUUCUUGCUGCACGAUCGGCUCUUCAACUGCUCUGACCGCUCGGUGGCCCACGUGUGUGUCCAGUGUGGCAGCCUGCUUUCCCCUUUGCUGAAGCCGCCGCCCACGUGGUCGACCACGCGCCUCCGGCAGUACAUUUGUACCGUAUGUGACCGGAGUGACACCAUUGAAACCAUCGCCGUUCCGUAUGUUUUCCGCUGCUUUGUGGCAGAACUGGCUGCCAUUAACAUAAAAGUGAAACUUAAUGUGAAUUAGUGUUUCACUCAUGCUGGGGGUUUUCAGGACAACUAAAAGGAGGCACCAGCACGUGCCUGGAAAGUUAAAAGUGAUGAUAAGACAGUUGAAAACAUUUGCAGUAGCAAAACAAAAACAAAAACGUGCCUUUAUACCUCAUGUACCAUUGUAAUGUUAAACAGUUGCUUAUGAUGCCCCACUAGACAUGUUCAGUAGAAACGCUGCAAAGGAAGCAUUGCUCUUCUCUUCCCUCUUGGACCAGUGGCUUGGACCCUCUGCCUUAACCAGAAGGAAUCAUCGUUGCUAAAAGCAGGCUGUUUGCGGAGGUUUCCAUCAAUAAGAUGGAUGCCAAAAGAGGUUCUUUGGGAGCUGCCCUCUUGCCUUCUGAAGGGAGGCGGCCACAUAGGGCUACAUCCAAAGUCAUGUGGGCCAACUUCCUCUUGAUCUCCUCCCACUUGAGUCUUUCUCAUCCAUCUCCAACCCUUUGUGUGGAUCAAAGAGGUACAUUUCGGAGGAGGGCUGCAUGCAGGAGGGAAAUCCAUUUUAUCAGUGAGUUCAGUUUUGCUGGUGGAUGACCUGUACUCGACACAACCCACCAUCGGCCCCAAUAUUUAAGCAUAAAAUAGUUUUGCGUCAAUCAUGCCACGCCAUGCCUGCCUUUUAGUGUGCAAUGAUGAUGAUCCAUCUCCCUACUGUCACCAAAGAUUGAUUCCUUAUUUUUCCCUGAGAGCAUUUCUAUGGGAGGACUAAGGGUUGCGGGUAGCAGACAGCUUGUUUUUUGGAUUUUUUAAAAAUCCAUUGCUAUUUGUCUGAAAUUGCUUUAUACCAUGUGUGCAGGACUUGAAUGAUAUCUCUGGUUGGUAUUACUUCCAUCUGUUAAAUGAGCCUUUUGUUUUGGCUUUUUCCUUAAUAUAAUUUGGCAAAUAUUUGCUGCUUGUUAAAGUAUGACCGAAAUGCUGCCAUGUUUUAACUGCUCAAUCCAGAGAGAAACCUUUGUUUGCACUCUGUGCAUAAGUGACCUUUUUAAAAAUAAAAUCGCCGGUCAAACCUUAUAUAAAUACUGCUCUUGGAUUUUAUGUUAGGUGGAUUUUUUUAAAGUGUUAGGGCUUAUGGCCAAAUAAACAAAUAAACUUGCAAGUAAA